AUGGAAGAAGCACAUGAAACCCAAGCCCUCCUUCCCUCCCCAAUCCAGUACGCAACCGUCCCAGUCGAAGCUGAAGCAUUAACAGAGCAGGAGAGGAGCAACACACCAGUUGUGCACCGCUCCAUCGAUGAUGACAUCGUCCCUGAAACGGCCACGUUUGGCCGGAAUCUAUCCUGGUCCAGCGCGUACAUCCUCGUCAUCUCCCGCGUCAUCGGAAGCGGCGUGUUCGCUACCCCAGGCUCCAUUGUCAAGUCUGCGGGCAGUAUCGGGUUGACAAUUUCCUUGUGGAUUGCCGGGUCGAUCCUGUCUGGUUGCGGACUGGUGGUUUCGCUGGAACUCGGGUGUAUGCUUCCUCGUUCUGGCGGGGAGAAGGUAUACCUCGAGUAUACGUAUAGACAUCCGCGGUUCCUCGCGUCGACGUUGAUCGCGGUGCAGGCCGUUUUGCUGGGAUUCUCGGCGAGCAACUGUAUUAUCUUUUCCAAGUAUACGCUUUUUGCGCUGGAUGUGCAGCCGAGUGAGUUUCAGCAUAAGAUUUUGGCGGCUGGGUUGUUGACUGCUGUUACCCUUAUACAUGGGCGCUUCCUGAAGGCAGGGAUAUGGGUGCAGGAUGCAAUUGGUUGGAUUAAGAUCUUUCUCGUUGCUGCUAUGUCUUGUACGGGGAUCUGGGUGAUUCUGUUCCGUGAUCGUGGACUGCAGAGCCCUGAGCAUGAGGCGAGCAAUAUCUCCUGGGAUGAGAUCUGGAGAGAUUCCAACUGGAGCUGGGGAUUACUUUCCACCUCCCUGUUCAAGGUCUUUUAUUCUUAUGCUGGACUGACGAAUGUCAACAACGUUCUCAAUGAGGUCAGGAACCCCGUGAAAACGCUAAAGACAGUGGGACCAGCAGCGUUGUUCACGGCCUGCGGUCUGUAUCUCCUUGCGAAUAUCUCCUAUUUCCUGGUCGUGCCGAUCGAGAAGAUCAAAUCCAGCGGGGAGUUGGUGGCAGCCUUGUUCUUUGAGCAGGUGUUCGGCGCCCAUGUUGGCAGGACACUGUUUCCACUGGCCAUUGCUAUUUCCGCUGCUGGAAAUGUGAUGGUGGUUACUUUUGCAACGGCAAGAAUCAACCAAGAAAUAGCCCGUCAAGGAUUCCUCCCCUUCUCUCGGACGCUAUCCUCGUCUCGCCCUUUCAAUUCCCCCCUGGGAGGGCUGCUAGUGCACUACGCCCCCUCCCUUCUUGUCAUCACACUACCGCCACAGGGCGACGUGUACAAUUUCAUUCUCGAUGUCGAAGGAUACCCCAGCCAGAUCUUCGCAUUGGCAGUCUCGGUGGGAUUGUUGGUGCUUCGAGUCCGACAUCCAGAUCUACAGAGACCAUUCAAGGCCUGGCUCCCGGCUGUUUGGUUGAGGAUCGCAGUGUGUGUGGCGCUGUUGGCGGCACCUUUAUUCCCUCCUCCUGAUGGGAAAGGGGACGUGGGGUUUUUCUACGCUACUUAUGCCAUCGUUGGGAUUGGGAUAAUCCUCUUCGCGGUCGUCUACUGGUAUAUAUGGACCGUUUUCCUGCCUCGAUGGGGAGGAUACUCGCUGGAGGAGGAAGUGGAGGUUCUUGAUGAUGGAACAAGCAUUACGAAAUUGGUCCGGGCGUACAAGAUAUAAUGUCUUCCUUCUUUUCAUUUUAUGCCGUAUAGGACUUCUUGGAACUAGAUAGAUAGAGUUUUGCCAUCGUGGACAUAGCCUAUGACUACCACCGCUGCUGUAUAAAAUGGCCUUUUCUAAGACCUUGAUAGCUUCACCACCA